AUGGGGUCCACGAUCAAUGCGAUCAAGACCCUCAUCGUACCAGCCGUCAUCUCCCUCAUCAUCUUCCUCACCUCCCGAUUCGUCAUCGUGCCCCUCUGGCGACGGUACCGCCAGCGCUACAGCCAGUACCUACCGAUCGACACGAUAUCAAACCACACCAUGACGUUACGGCAAAGGCUGCAGGGUGCGUAUUCGGGAAUGUUGGCGCCUACGUGGAGGAGACGGUUCCGUUCGCGGGUGGUCGUGGGGGGAGACGAGGAGGUGGUGAGCGACGACGAGUAUACUUCGGAAGAAGGGGAGGAGCUGGCGGAUGUCGAUGUUGAGUCCUGGUCUUCGGCGGCACAUGGUGGGAGUAGGACGGAUAUUCCGAGCAGUGAUAGGAGGCUAAGUCGAGAUCUCGAAGAAGGGUUUCGAAGUGAGAGUGACGACGAUGACAAUAGAAACGAAAACUACCGGCGCUAA